UUAUUCACACAACCGAACUGAACAAAGAAGAAAAGCCUUGAUUUGUUCCAUAGGCAGCCAAAGAAAUGGCGAGUACAAUGAUUUUAGCUCUCUUCCUUCUUUCAGUCCUAACCUUCAACCCUCCUUCAACCACUGCUCAACCUGUCACGGACUUGCAUGGUAAAAUCGUUACAAAUGGUGGCGUAUUCCAUAUAUUGCCGUUAUUUACAACAGCCGGUGGAAUUCGACUAACCAAAACUGGAAACGAAACUGUCCCACUCAGUGUUGUGCAAUCUCCCAGCGAACUCGAUAAAGGGCUUCCAUUGCAAAUUUCAUCCCCAUACUUUUCCUUAUUUAUCCCUAACGGCUCUCCGGUGUCCAUUAGGUUCAUAUUAAACGGUGCCUCCCCUCUUGAGUGGACCGCUGUUGCGGCUCAGCCUGAAGGAACCCUUGUUAAAGUUGGCUACCAAAAUUCAAUCAAAGGUCUGUUCUCUAUUCACAGAGUCCGAGACAAUAUCUUUAAGCUUUUGUUCUGUACACUUGGAAGCAACCUCUGCGGUAAUGUUGCGCUUGUUAGGGAUGAAGCAGGGAACACGCUCUUGGCUGUCAAUCAGAAACAACCUUACAUGUUUGUUCUUGAGGAAGUUCCUUCCCCAUCUGCUGCAACCAAAUGAAGCACUGUGUAUGAAAAAUAGCGCACUUUCUCCUUGUGAGAGACGUGUCUAUGCUUUGCGUGUAAUAAAUAAAUGCCAGACUAAAUAAAACAUCCAGAGCUUGUGUCUCGGGUUUUUUUCACGUGUUCAUA